ACCGCGGGCGCGGCGGCGGCGUCUGUGGUGGUUGCGGGGCCGACGGUGUAGACGCGCCUCGCCGCGACUCGGGACCCUGGGCCGGCGCGGCCUCCCUGUGUAGCACCUUGCUGCCACAUCGCCACUCGGGGUUGUGAAUACAGAAGCUUACAUCAAGGCCUGAAAUUGUGACACAGAUGGCACUCACCGCCUGAGAAGAAAAGGCCUGAAAAGGAAGGAAGAGCCCAUGAAACUUGCCACAUUCGGCCCCUAUUUGCAGCACAAGGGCUUCAGGCAAGAAGUAAGAACAGCACUCAAGUGGCAGUAUACCCUGGCUGUCACUUUGGUUCACCACUUCACAUAGCAGGGUAGCAAGAAACAAAGAUGGGACAUCAGCUACUGCUUUUCUCUUAACUUUGUGACCUUAGAAGAGCCACCUAGCUUUUCCAUACCUAUUCUCUUGGAAGAAACAGGUAACAACUGAAGGCUUGCUUUGACAAGUAUUGAGAGCCCUCCUAACUUACCUAUCAUCGUACAAAUGCAGAGACUUCAGUAGCAGAGACACUGAGUUUCAAAGUGUUGCCUAGAAUAUCAGACAAUUGAAAGCAAUCACACUUGUGGACCAUGCACCUGCAGUGGUGGUGUAUAUAAAAAGACUACUAAGUAUGCACCCAGGAAACAGCUGUUGCUGUACCAGUCUUUAUUGAAGGAUGCCUGCAGAGGAUUUUAUCAUGUGAAAUCUUCUGACUUCCAGUCAGCUUUUUUAAGAAAUGUAGAUAAAGAAGAUGAAGGAUACCGGAGAACAGUUGUAUACUACACAAAUGAAUGGUGGACCUAAUUCCUUGACCAUGUCACCCAAACAACCUGAUGCCAAUCGAGCAACUCGACCAGAUAGACAGGAAGCUCAAACCCUUUUGUAUCAAGGCUCAGAGGCCGAGGCUGCCAUGAUGACCAUUGCUACGUGUGUAAAAUGCAAAAGUGUUCACAGAAUCCCUCUCCAAGAUUUGAAAAAGGGUAGUGGUCAAAGCCCAAAGGAGGACAAAUAUAUCUGCUUCAAGUGCACCCUUGAUGCAGCUCCUCUCCAUUUGCAGUUUGUCAACAGUAAUCCCAGUGUUACUCAUUUUGGAAAUAAAACCGAAACCAUCUCAAGUCCUGUCAAUAACAAAUUUAAGGUAAGGAACUUUAAGCCAGGCAAAUACUACUGUGAUAAGUGUCGAUUUUCCACCAAGGACCCUCUGCAGUACAGAAAGCACAUGCUUCAACAUGAAGAGAUUAAAUUUAUUUGUUCUCACUGCAGCUACAUUUCAUACACAAAAGGAGAGUUUCAGAGACAUUUGGUGAAACACACAGGCAUAUUCCCUUAUCGAUGUGAGUAUUGUGACUAUGGUGCUAUUAGAAAUGAUUAUAUUGUCAAGCAUAGGAAGAGAGUACAUGAACGGGCUGGUGCAAAAAGGCCACUCAAAACUGUUGCCAAGCUGGAACCGAAAAGAACCAGUGCUUCAAAACAAAACACAGAGCUUUUAAAAGCUUCCAACCCUAGGACUGCAUUUCAAAACAAGUUGUCAGAUCAACUUGCAAGAUUCUCUGUCCACACAAAUAAAGACAAAAUACACAAUAUCAUGGUGUUACCUGAAUCAAAGGAAUACCAAAAAGAUGUAGUAUGUGUUCCAAAUAAAGUGACACUAUCUGAGCCAAAUGAAGUCAAUCUGUUUGAGAACAAAAAUGUGGAAGUGGAAGUGUUGUCUCCUGCAAAAGAACCUGUUCAGCCAGGAAUGCCAUUAACAGUUGUGGCACCAGCAGAACUAGUUGUCCCAGCAAACUGUUUAGCCCAGCUGAUAGAUGUGAAAGUUGUCAAUGGUACCCAGCAGCUUGUUCUGAAACUGUUUCCACUGGAAGAAAACAGUUGCCUUGAAGCUAGCAAGGAUGAUGGAGGUAGUUCUGAGCCAGUGGAUAAAAAGAAUGUUUCAAAUGAACAAGGAACAAUAGUUUGUACGGAAAAAACAAAAUCAUUAUCAAUUGAAGGGAAUGUUGGAAAAUUUGUAGGCAUUAAUAACCUUCAAUCUUCAGUUCAGAAACAACUUAAAAAUGUUAAAUGGUUUAGGUCUUAUGAUUUUUUCAUGUCAAAUUCUAAUGUGCACAACCGUGGAGAAUCUGUUUUUAAGUCUGAUACAAUGGAGGAUUUGCAGAAAAAAAACAAUUUGUAUCCACACAGAACCUCCCUUCCUUCUCUUGCCUUAAAAGGGCAUUCUCCAGCAUCUAUAGUAAAAAACAGUAUUUUAUGUGGUUUUGGAGGUACUUCAAACCCUGUUGCUUAUAGACCUGCCCGUUCCUUCGCUGAAGAUGGAAAAAAUUUGCCCAGUGAUUCACAGAAGUUUUUUCCGCUUGCUGUGUCGCCUUCAACCAUUUCCUUCUCUGGAGAAAAAGGCUCAUUGCCUUUAAAGGAAAGUGACAGAGAAUCUAGAAGUAAGAUCAGUGGUCCUGUAAAAAUGGCUGCUUCUAAUAGGAAGCCAGAAAAUACCCAGACAAAAGACCACAAAGCAGUUUCAAAUACAGGCCCAAUUUCCUCUCAACAUAAAAGUGAAUGUUCACAUAUAAAUUUAAGUGGAGAGGAUGGAAUCAGAUCUCAACAGCCUGGUGAUAAGCCUUCGGAAUUAAAGGACUCUGAAAGGACUAAGGACACUUUUGAUGGUCCAGUAAUCUCAUCAGUAUUUUCUCUCAGCUCUGGAUCUGAAAAUGUUCCUGAGGGCAUUAAGUGGAGUAGUUCAACCUCCAAAAUAAAGUCAAUUGAACUGUUGCGCAGAAAGAUAGCUCAGUUGAUUGAAUCCUGUGGCAAACCUUCAUCAUUGGCUGCAAAUAGUGCACAUCGUCGUUCUGUAGGGCAGGCAUCAAAGGUAACUUCGAAAGCUGGUCCUGAAAAUGUCCGAGAAAUUAAUGUGUCACUCACUGGCCCUGGCCCUUCUGCAGGUGCUCUUCCAAAACCCAAAGAUGAUCAUGGUAGAAUGGAUAAUGAACAGCUUACUCAUCCACAGAUGUAUCCAAAGUGUGUAGAUGGUUGCGAUGGGAAGACUGAAGGCAGAGUGACCAGGAAGCCUCAUGUAGCUACUCCAGUGUUAAUCCCCAAAGGAGCUGUGUUGAGAGUUCUCAACUCCUCUGAGGAUGCCCAUAUUAUAGAGGCCACAUGUGAAGCACCUGUCAGCAUACCUUGCAAUGAAACACAGUUAAUAAAACCAGUUUCAUUCUGCCCUGUAACACAGACCAACUCAGACCUACAGGUUUUGACAGGUGAAGCUGGGCCAAUAGACAUGUCACAAGUACUUGAGACUUCUCUUCGGCCUAAACCAAGAAAAGAGAGUGCUGUCUUCUGUAACACCACCCCUAAAAAAACAGGCACCCUUCAUGGACAGCAAGGAAGCAAUGAAGUGAAUAAGCAAGGAAAACUGCCUUCGAGAAAUCUUGCCACAAGCAGAAAUAAAAUCAAACAAGUAAGCUCCUCCAAGAAGAAAAGUAAGAUUCAGGCUGAUCCUAGCCGCUGUCUCAAGGAUCCUUCAAUUUUUCAGGUUGCACGACAGCUUCGACUGAUAGCAGCUAAACCAGAUCAGUUAAUUAAAUGCCCCCGUCGGAACCAGCCAGUCAUUGUGUUAAAUCAUCCUGAUGUUGACUCACCAGAAGUGACCAACGUGAUGAAGGUAAUCAAUAAGUACAAAGGCAAUGUCCUCAAAGUUGUUUUAUCAGAGAGGACGAGGUGUCAGCUAGGCAUCAGACGGCAUCAUAUUCGGCUGACCUAUCAGAAUGCAGAAGAAGCUAAUCAGAUUAAAAGGCAAAUGAUGUUGAAAAUGAAACUUAAAAAAGUGCAUAAAAACAACUACCAGGUGGUGGAUUCCUUGCCUGAUGACUCAUCACAGUGUAUUUUUAAGUGCUGGUUUUGUGGGCGUCUCUAUGAAGACCAGGAAGAGUGGAUGAGUCAUGGCCAACGACAUUUGAUAGAAGCUACUAGAGAUUGGGAUGUUCUUUCUUCCAGCGGCAAAUAAGCAAAAAAAAAGUUGGUCUUUAAAGCAAGGUUUUUUUUUGUUUGUUUGUUUUUCUGGUUUGGGAUACCCUUUCCAGAUUCAGUAGGAGAAAUAAAAGUUGUAGAAAUGAGAUUGUUAAUUCAGAUCCUCUCUAGGAAUGUUGAAAGCUCCUAACCUGAGCUUUGUGAUUAGACCUCAGAAGGUGUUUGAAGCCCCUGAAAUUGUACGCACAAGUUUGUGGACAUGUGUUUCUCUGGUGAGAGGAUAUGAAACUCAGCAGUUUCCUUUAGUGGAACCUGAAUUCUUUGUGUAGCACCUCUGUUUGUGAGUAGAUACACAUCUUUUAUAAUUAUAUUCAGAGGGGCAAGUCUAGGAUAUUUUACACAUGCUCUUUAUAUAAAUGCUACUGAAGAAUUAAACUUAUGUUUUGGUGUGCACAUCCUCUUUGUUUUUGCUUUAACUCAUCUCCUGAAUAUUGUUACAUAACAAAAGUUAUAUUGUCUUUAUAGUUACCUUAAAUUUGGUUGUAGCAAAAUGGCCAUUCUUUUUAAUCCCUUCCCCACUCUGUAAUACUCGUGAAUGUUCUUUUACAAUAGAGUCUUGCUUUUGUUGGCUCUUCUAAAGAAUGGUCCCAAGGAAUUGCCAAAAUUUAUUAUUUCAACAGGUGUUAGGAGAUGAAACAUGUUAAGUAUUUAUUUAUAUUUACUUUUAAAAAGUCUUGAUUUAUGAUAAUUUGAUAGGGAAUGUGCCUUUUUACCAAAAAAACAAUUUUAAUGAUGGCUGUAGGAGGAAGACAUCUAAAAGUAAGUCUCCUCUUUGCCUUUACCACUCCCACAGACAAAAUAAAUGGCCAAUAUAAAACGUGAGGGGACCGACUUCUUAAAAUACAUGUAAACAUUGGGAAGAUAGUUAAAUGUAGGCUUGUAAAGAAAGCUCUAAAGGGGGUUGUAUGUGACUUAGCUUUCAUUUGGGAACUCAUCUGGAGACUGUUGGUGUAUGCUGCCUAGUACUACAGGCCAUGGACCCUGCUUCCCAGGUCUCAGCUUAGUCUCUCAGCCAUUGUUUCUGCACAGCCUUUCUGUGGACUGAGAUGGUGUCCCUGCUCACAUGCUGUUCCUUUGCUUCUGUGCUUUUGAAGCCCCUUAACAUUGUCCUGCAUAAAACCAACAGAAUCAACAAAACAGAAAUGCCCCACUGCCUUUGCUAAGGUGAUAGGAACACUAUUGCUGAAUUUGAUUGCUAGUAACAAUCUGCUGCUAGUUUAUGUCAACCAUGCUUUCCCUGUUGCUCACCUAUCCUAGGAGAGCACUGAUUGCACUUUCCCAACAAAUGUCAGGACUGUCUACACAGCACACUUGCAAACAUUAGGAAAAAAAUCCACCCUCUACACAAGCAUAGCUCAGGUGUAUUGUGGAAGGCUUGGCAAGUGCAGCACAAGACUAAAUUUCAGUCUUCACUUGCCCAUGCAGCCAGAUACUGAGCACAGCACAGCCACCAACCUCCCCAGACUGUUUGCCUCCUUUUGAGGACUGGGUGCUGUGAAAGAAACUGCUAACAUCUGGGGGGGGGGGGGGGGGCUUCAAAUAGUGAGCUGGAAAAUCCUGAUUUUUCUCACACAGACAAGUCAAAUUAUCUGGUAGGUGGGAUUAUCCUUUAGAGUUGGUUUUCAUUAGAGAUAAUUAACAUUUUUGUGUAAUUGAGUACAUGAUCAUUAAGUUGAUUAAUGAGUUGCUUUUUACUUAAAACCUGCAUUGUUUGUGUACACAAAAUAUUUUUUGCAAUAUGAAUACUGAACCAACUGGUUUCCUGUUUUACAAUGUGUAGACUGGAAGAAUGUAAAAUGUUUUUAUAGUCUAAGAAUAAUUUAUUUUGGAAGCACAUUUUUAUAACAUUCUCAUGUUUUUAGAAAAUGAAAGCACAGUAAGUGAUGAGAUCUGAUUUAUAUGAACAAACAGAAAUCCCAGGGGAUCACUUUGUCACAACAUGCUUUUUCAUUUGGUGCUGUUGGAGAAGUGUUUUGCUGCACAGCAAAGAGCAUUCUGAAGUUUUAGCCAUGUGACAGACAUGCUACCCCUCCAGCAACGGAGAAUGCCUCUAAGAUUAUGGAGAGGAGAGAAGGCUGUGAUUCUUUGGUUUGUUUUUGUAUUAUCUCCUUGUGGAGUGGCUUUUUCCUAAAUGGCUAGACUCAGCAUUGGUCAUGAGUCAGGUUAGGGUGUUAAGUGUCGAUACAAGAAACUUACUGUAGCAUCAGCUAUUUUUUUCAAGUAUUAUCUCAAACCAACAAAAUACUUGUGAAGGUGAAUUUUGUGAGAAAAUAGUAAGUUGGGGGGGGACUUUCAGAACUGUAGUACUUUUAAGAAAUUAAAGGAUUCCUGCAAGUUGUAAAAAUGGGGGGGAAAGUGGCUAUCUUAAGAAUUUUAGAAAAUAGUUUAAUGUGUAUAAAUGUCAUCAAAUGAACAUACUUCUAACAGAAUUGGAGGGAGUAGGGGCAAAACUGUGCUGAGUAUUUGUGUACUCUUAACCUUGAUUGUGAAGGACCUCCAGUUACUGCAUUUUGUUAAUAGUACUAAUAAAAUUAUUUUAAACUUUUAAAGUAGGUUUUCUUUUGGGGACCAGAAAAGAGAUGACUUUGUUAUAUU